UUAGGUAGAAAGUCGCUCAAUGACUCAAAUGUCAGGUCCACGAGACGGCCUGGACGCCCUAAGAUUCAGACGACGGAUCUUCAGGGACUGAUCUAUUGGAAGUGAGGGAAAUUAUGGGGGGCGUCAGGCCGAAUCACCAGGCACGGGGAUCUGCCAGAUUCCCAUGGAACGGCAGACAGGCAGCAACCAUGAGACCACGUCAACCGUUACUUGCGUGAACGGGAGGAGUAACCAUACUGUGCGAGAGCCCGCGAUCCGCGCCGGGGUACGUCGAAGGCGAGGGGGAAAGGCAUGGCCGAGCCAGGUAGAGGCGGAGGUACGAUACCGUGAUACGAUACGGGCGAAGAGACGGGGAGGGGCAGGGCCAUCGGGAGAUGCCGUAAGCGCCCCCACGAGAACCACUCUUGCUCCCGGCCUCGCUCUUCCUCUGCUUUUUCCCCUCGUCUCCUGGUGCUGCAUCGUCUUUGUUGCUGCCCCUUCCACCUCCAGCCAUUGCGAUUUCUUCUUGGGAAAAACCUUGUUUUUUUCCACUCAUCCUUCUUCCACAUCGCAUUUUCUAGGCCUUUGGAAUCCACCAGUUCCAAAGGCUCUCUGGUCACCACGGCUUUCGUAGCCUCCCGUUUCGUUCUUCGUCACAUUGUAUCGCCGAGACGUCUCCGCGACACGCUUAAUAACAUUCCCCCUCCUGCUGGUCUCGAUUCCCGUCCCCUCGUCCGGUGCGCCCUUCUUUAACGACCUGACGCCCUCGGAGCCCUCCCCAUCUUUUCUUGAGCUGCCGCAUAG